AUGGACAACCUGACAUUCAGAUACAGAGUUAUUUUAGUGGAGGGACUGCAAAUUACACAUCAGACCAGCCAGCUGACCUUCAUCUUUCUAUUGAUAGCUUAUGUCUUUAUAAUAGUAUCUAACAUUGGGAUUUUGAUUCAGAUCUCAGCAGAAAAAAGAUUACACCAGCCUAUGCACAUUCUUUUCUGUCACUUGCCAGUGAGUGAUGUAAUUGGAGCAACUGUCCUCAUACCACGCUUGCUGAAGGACUUAUUAACAGACCCCUCUGAGCGCUACAUUACAUACGUGGAGUGUGUUUUCCAAGCUUUUUUUGUACAUUUGUAUGGAACAACUUCCCACACAAUUCUAAUGAUUGGCCUCAGUGUGCGUCUGUCUCACUGCAAAUCAUUUAUUUCAAACCACUUUUGUGAUAAUGCUUCACUUUUUAAACUAUCUUGUGAAAAUACAGUGAUUAAUAAUGUAUAUGGAUUAACUUUUACUGUGGUUUUACUUACCUCUUCAUUGGGGUGGGUGUUAAUGACAUAUCUCAAAAUAGCAAUGGUAUGUUUAAAAAGCAGAAACAAAGCGACCAACAGCAAAGCCAUUAAAACUUGCAGCACUCAUUUGAUUGUUUAUGUAAUCUUAUUUAUCUCUGGUUUUGUCCCAAUUUUCCUUCAUCGCUUCUCUGAGUAUGCUGAAAAUAGGAAGUUUGGGAGUGUAAUGUUCCAUGUUAUACCACCAGGAGUAAACCCCAUAAUAUAUGGUUUACAGGUCAAGGAAAUAAGACAAAGAAUGUUAAAAUUAUGCAGAAAUAGUUCAUUCUAG